UCGUAGUAUUUAUUUUAUUUUGUGGGCAGACCCCACAAAAGACGACUCUUUUUAUUUUUGUAAGAAAGAAACAUGAGCAGAGAUAUGGGAUCUGUGACAGUGACUCCACUUAAUAUAUAGACCAAAAACUCACCAUAAAUACAUCAAAAAUCUUUCUUUUUUUAGCUCUUUUUAGUUGAAGCUUCUAUUAAUUAUCAAUUUUUCUUGGAAAGUUCUAAUUUUUUAGGCAUGGAUAGCAGCAGCAGAAGCUGGUUGAGGAAUUAUGAAGGCAUAUUGAGGAGCUUUUACCCUUUGUUUUUGGGUCAAGUUGUGUCUUUUGUUAUGGCCCUUAUGAGUUUCACUUCUUCUCUAGUUGCAAAUCUUGGUGCAAAUACUCCACUUUCCCUGUCAUUCUUUUCUUAUACAGCAUUAGCAUUGGUGUAUGGAGGCAUCAUGAUUUACCGGCGGCAGAAAUUAGGGAUUCCGUGGUAUUGGUAUGCCCUUUUAGGCUUUGCUGAUGUCCAGGGAAAUUUUCUUGUAAAUAAAGCGUAUCAGUACUCCUCGAUCACCAGCGUGACGAUACUGGAUUGUUGGACAAUAGCUUGGGUGAUACUUCUGACAUGGUUAGUUUUGGGUACACGAUAUUCUCCGUGGCAAUUCUUGGGUGCAGCAGUCUGUUUAGCUGGUCUCGGACUUGUGCUUCUGUCGGAUGCUAAGGCGAGUAGUGGAGGUGGUUCAAAACCUCUUCUUGGCGAUAUAUUUGUGAUCAUUGGGACACUUUUCUUUGCAGUGAGUAACGUCGGCGAGGAGUUUUGUGUCAAAAAGAAAGAUCGUAUUGAAGUGGUUUCUAUGAUUGGUCUUUUCGGGUUGCUUGUCACUAUAAUUGAGAUACCAAUCUUGGAAAGGAAGAGUCUGGAAUCAGUCAAGUGGUCUGCAGAGAUUAUAUUAGCCUUCUUUGGUUACGCGACUGCAAGCUUUAUGUUCUACACCUUGGUUCCCUUUCUUCUUAAGAUGAGUGGAUCAACUUUGUUUAAUCUAUCUCUACUCACAUCUGAUGUGUGGGCAGUUGUUAUCAGAACAUUUUUCUACAAGCAAAAGGUUGAAUGGCUGUACUUCGUAGCUUUUGCACUUGUGGUUACGGGGCUGAUCAUAUACUCAAAAACUUCGAAGGAUCCUGUUAGUGCACCAGCUAUAGAAGAAGCAAAUGCAGAUCAAAGGUACCAACUUCUUAAUGAAGAUGAAGAGCGCGCCGAUUGUAGACAUGAGGCUACUGUUUCAUGAAUAGUUGUAUAAGGAAAGAUACAUUGGUAUUAUUGUAUUAAACGUUGUUUUAGGUGUAUAACAACCGUUCACUAUAAUAGCCAAAAAAAUGUCGGGAAAAUAUGUCAUAGAUAUAGAAGCUUCCUUUUCCCAUAUCUCUUCUUGAAACUUCAGAAAGAACUCAAGAAGUUCACUUUAUUCUAAACCAUUUUCUGCCUAUAAAUAAUAUGUAUGUGUUUGUACG